AUGAAGCAGAUACACAAUGUAGCAAAGGUGGUCGGAACAGUCAUUACAGUCACCGGAGCAAUGGUGAUGACUUUGUACAAAGGUCCAAUUGUUGAUAUGUUAUUCUCAGAAGGGGGAGGAGGAGGAAGCCACCAUAAACACAGCAGUAGCUCUUCUGGUCAGCACUGGACCACCGGGACAAUAAUGCUCCUUUCCUGUGUUUGUGGUUGGUCUUGUUUCUUCAUACUGCAAUCAAUUACCUUGAAGGAGUACCCAGCAGAGCUCUCUCUCACUGCUUUGAUAUGCUUGUUUGGCAUGGUUGAAGGUGGAGCAGUGGCACUUGUCAUGGAAAGAGACAUGAGUGCUUGGGUAGUUGGUUUCGACUUCAGGCUUCUUGCUGCAGUCUAUUCUGGGAUAGUUUGCUCUGGAAUUGCAUACUAUUUACAAAGUAUGGUGAACAAGGCUCGAGGUCCAGUGUUUGUAACUGCAUUCAGCCCUCUCAGCAUGAUCAUCACGGCCAUUCUAGGGGCCUUAUUUUUGUCCGAGCAAGUUCACCUCGGAAGUUUAAUUGGAGCCAUCGUCAUUGUCAUCGGUCUGUACUCAGUGGUGUGGGGAAAAAGCAAAGAUCAGCCAAGUUCCAUGAACUCCAUAACCAGUGAGAAUGGCCAAUCCAAUGAAUUGCCAGUAGUUAACACCACCAAAUCCUGCGUUAAGGUUGGUGGUGAUGGCAUUGAUGGACCAGUAAAGAGUUGUCUACCACAGGAGCCAUGA